AUGCACCACCACCCACGGAAUCGAGAAAGAGCUCUCAAUCUGUCAAUCCUGUCCGUGUCCGGGCCGGACUUGGGUUUCCCGGGAGCUGCCCGGCGGGUCAUGGGAAUAACGCCGCCGGAUCGCCAGUCGGCAUCGUUUAUGGUCGGAACUACGACGGCACAGACAGUACCAUCGAAAGUUGAUAGGGCAGACAUUCGAAUGGGUCGUCGCCGCCGCGGGGGCGUGCGAUCGGCUCGAGGUUAUCUAGAGUCACCAAAGCUGCCGGGCGGGCCCGGGUUGGUUUUGGAUCAACCAGGUAGCCGCCACCCACGGCGGCGCCGCGGCGCGCGCGAGCGCGCGGACGCCCGGCCCACCGGCGAACGCCCUGCCAACCCUGACCGCCCCGGCUCUUUCACCGCUCCGACCCGCGGGAGCGGCAUCACGGACGCGACGGUGGCGGCAUGGCAGCGGCGGGCACCGGCAGCGGCGGCCGACGACAUCGCGGCCCGGCGGCGCCUGGGGCGGGGAACGGCGCCGCGCGUGGAGCUACCCCCCCAACACCCACCGCGCGGUGGGGAGGCGGGACGCCCUCGCCGGCGGCCGACCCCGGCGGCCGGCCCUUCCCGCGACGCCGCGGAGGAGACAGCGACCCGGCAAGGCGGGCGCGGCCCGGACACCGAGGCCCCUUGGCCGGGGCGGCUCGCUCUGCAGCAGGCGGCGGUGCGACAAAGGAGCGCCGUGCGCUCAAGCUCGAGCCGCACCGCCACCCAGCGCUGCUCGCAGCCGGCACCCACGGGCACUAACUCGGGCCAGGGCCAGCACCGGCACCUCGCGCGGGAGGAGCGACACCUCGCCUGCGACGGGAAGCGAAUUGGAAAGGAGACCACCCUGCUCAAAGUACCGAACACCGCCGAAGCUCUCCCCAUGACAGAGAGAGCCCCGGAAGAGCCGGCCCGCCGGGGGCCCUUUCCGACGCGACCCGAAAAGCCUCAUCGAUCGGAACCGACAGAGGGAAAGACGGAAAGAAAAGCCGCCACGGAAACGGCGACGAAGGCCCCACGGCCACGGUCCUGGGACAACGGCAACGGAAGCCCAGCAUGCACACCACACCCCCCCCCACCGGCCGGCUCCACCACGGUCCAGGCGGGCAGCGGGCAGAUGACUGCAGGGCUCCGCACACGCAUGCGAGCGGGACACGUCCCCGAGAGGCCCUCGCCGCGGCUUGGCGCCGCCGAGCCUCCCCGACGCUCCCGAGGCCGCCGACGCCGACGGGCCACUUCCAGCUUUUUCACAACUGGUCACACAGCAGAGGAGGAGAGCGGGGGGUGCCGCCACCCACCCGCGGGCCGCAACACAACGGAAACGGGGCAGCUGCCGCCGACCAUGCCACGGGCCACCGGCUUUCGUCCGCCUCGCAGCGACCGGCUUCCCUCCGGAAAAGCCGGGCCAGACACCACGGGCCGCCCCGGCACGGUGGCUCGAUCGCGCCGGCCACUACCGAGAAAGGGCGAGGCGCCGCCGCCUCGCCCACGACAUUCACCUGGGGGGGGCGGGGGCUCUCUGUCGGGUUCCGGUCCGCACUACGGCACGGCCGGCCACCGUGGCCGGCCGUCGCCCCUGAAAAACUCCGCCCGCUACGCGGGCAACCGGGACAAGCCGAGGCCACACGCCCCACUGCAUGUCCCCCGCAGCCCUUCCGACACGGACAACUCUGGCAAAACAGGUCGGGAGCGGGGAACGAGGCGCAGCCACCUCGGCCGACCGAGCCGUGCUCGGGGGCUCUCGGGGAAAGGGCCGGGGGAAAGCCUCGGCAGGCUCAACACAAGCCCCCGGCCGCAGUCCACCCCCCGGCUGCCGGUCACCGCGCACCAAACCGACAGCCGAAAAACACCACGCCCGCUGAGCGGGCAGGCCCCCGGCUUAAGGCCAGGCAGAAAAGGGACGAGGCGCCGCCGCCUCGCCCAACCACCGUGCCCGGGGGGGAGCAAGCGGGUGCCUGCCCCCCCCCCCCGAACUUCACGAAACCGGCGGCAGCCCGGCCGGAGCGGGACACACUCGCGGCUUUUUCUCCCUCGGUCUUCUCUUUCUCUCCCACGGCCUCCACACCUCGCCUCGGCCGGGGAGCGGCUCUCGGUGAUCACCUGGACUCACAACCUGUCCCAGCAAGCUGGGUAG